UUUGAUCAUAAGUUCCCUAUCUAUAGCAGAUAGGGGACACAAUCAUCCAUCCAUGGCCAUUUGCACAAUUUUUCCGGAACCUUUUUAGUUAAACCAACAAAAAAACUUCUCUAAUCAACCAGGUGGAGUUUUUCACACCCUAUAAUGGGUCAACCUGUCCUAGUCUAAUGAAAGAGGUUGCCACUUCUAGUAGCAACAAAAACUUUGCCAGAUCCCACUACUUGUAGAGGGUAAGUCUUCAAGCAUGGUACGUGUAGAGUUGAGCAUACUGCUGGUAUGUGUGUCCGUUGUUGUGGUGGGUGCGUACCGGCCGUACUGCCCGUGUUAUGCGGAGCCAGGCUACCGAUGCCCGCCUGUCCCCGAGGGCUGCGAGCUGACUAAGGACGAGUGCGGCUGCUGCGAUGUGUGCGCCGGCGUGCGGGGAGAGCCGUGCGGUACGGGGCUGCCCAGCUGUGCCGCUGGGCUGACGUGCGUGUUGGAGGAAUGUAACCCACAGGUUGUUGACGUCACGCUGCCCGACGGAACGGUGACGCAGCAGUUAUCAGAGCCGCCAUGUUUGUUCCUCCCACACUUCCAGAGGGGGACGUGUGAGGAAAGCGGCACAGCCGCCGCAAAACGACAAGCUCUUCCCAGUUCUGGAACUUCCUGUGAGGUUUCCGGUGUAACGAUUCAGGAGGGAGAAUUUGUCGACGUCACCCCGUGCCAGCACUGCGGCUGUUUCAAUGGCCAGCCGAUCUGUGCUGUCAUGGACUGUUUCUGGUCGCCCAGCUGUGCCCAGUGGGCCUAUCCUGCUGACCAGUGCUGUCCUGUAUGUGUACAGGACGGACACCCAUGGGUAGCGCCUGUUGCAUCUAAACGGGAGACCCCAGCCCGUGCAUGUGUAGUGGACGGUGUGACUAUUGAAGAGGGAGAGUAUCAGCAGACUGACGAGUACGGCUGUACCGAGUGUGGCUGUACCGGCGGACAGCCGCUGUGCUGGUCCAUGGCGUGUGCCCUGGACAUCAACUGUGCGGAGUGGGAGCGCGUUCCCGGGCGGUGCUGUCCCGUAUGUACCGCGUACCACCAGCACCACGUUGACAUACCUAUGGUCUCCAAACGCUCUUCGUCCCUUUCGAGGACCUGCGUGGUGCAGGGAGUGACCAUUGCAGAAGGCGAGUUUAAACCGGUUGACCAGUACGGCUGUACCACGUGCGGGUGUACCAACGGUCAGUCGUUCUGCAUGGCCAUUGGCUGCGCCCUACCCGCCGACUGUCUCCAGACUGUACAGGUCCCCGGCCAUUGUUGUCCGAUCUGUGUCAGUACCGGCUGUGAAGUGGACGGUACCAUUAUCCAGGAGGGGGAGUCUGCUGACGUCACGCUCUGCAAGCACUGCACCUGCUCCAACGGAGAAGCCAUCUGUGCGCACCAGGACUGCAUCGUGCACGGCGCCUGCGCACAUUGGGAGCACCAUGACGACCAGUGCUGUCCCGUGUGUGUACAACAGGCCUUGCCGAUCGACCUGCCUAUUUUGUCAAAACGACAGGUUCUUCCCGGGUCUGGAACUUCUUGUGAGGUUUCUGGUGUAACGAUUCAGGAAGGAGAAUUUGUCGACGUCACCCCGUGUCAGCACUGUGGCUGUUUCAAUGGACAGCCGAUCUGUGCUGUCGUGGACUGUUUCUGGUCGCCCAACUGUGCCCAGUGGGCCUACCCCGAUGACCAGUGCUGUCCCGUGUGUGUGCAGGACGGACACCCAUGGGUGUCGCCUGUUGCAUCUAAACGGGAGACCCCAGCCCGUGCAUGUGUAGUGGACGGUGUGACUAUUGAAGAGGGAGAGUAUCAGCAGACUGACGAGUACGGCUGUACCGAGUGUGGUUGUACCGGCGGACAGCCGCUGUGCUGGUCCAUGGCGUGUGCCCUGGACAUCAACUGUGCGGAGUGGGAGCGCGUUCCCGGGCGGUGCUGUCCCGUAUGUACCGCGUACCACCAGCACCACGUCGACAUACCCAUGCUCUCCAAACGCACCUCGCCCGUCCGCCCCACGACCUGCGAGGUUGAUGGAGUGACCAUUGCAGAAGGCGAGUUCAAACCGAUUGACCAGAACGGCUGCACCACAUGCGGGUGUUCCAACGGUCAGUCCUUCUGCAUGGCCAUUGGCUGCGCCUUACCGGCCAACUGUGCCGAGACCGAACAAAUCCCAGGCCAGUGCUGUCCGGUUUGUACCAGUUACGCCACCUGCGAGGUUAACGGAGUCACAAUUCAAGAGGGGGAGUCCAAGCCAACCGACCAGUACGGAUGCGAGACGUGCACGUGUGUGAACGGGCAACCGAUCUGCCAAGCCAUCGCCUGCGCCCUGCCGGCCAACUGUGCCGAAACCGAACGAGUCCCGGGCCAGUGCUGUCCGGUCUGUACCAGUUUCACCACCUGUGAGGCGAACGGAGUCACCAUACCUGAGGGGGAGUGGGUGCCGACUGACGAGUAUGGUUGUGAGACGUGUACGUGUGAUAACGGGAUGACGCUGUGUCAGGCCGUCGCCUGUGCUCCGCUGUUUAACUGUGCGGAGACAGAGCGUGUUCCAGGACAGUGUUGUCCUGUCUGUAAGACCUACCUACAACCCAUCAUCCAGGACCUCCCCCUUCUCCUGUCCAAACGACAGGCCAUUCCAUUCGAGGGAGAAUCUUGCGAGGUGGACGGCGUGACCAUCCCGAACGGAGAGUUUGCACACGUGACCCCCUGUAAGCCGUGCACCUGUUUCAACGGUCAGUCCAUCUGCACACACGUGGACUGUCCGUGGGGCUGGCCACCCAACUGUGUCCAGUGGGAGUACCCGUCUGACCAGUGCUGCCCCGUGUGUGUCCAACAGGACCUCGAGCUUCCAUCAGAGAUCGUACCGCUACCUGUUGCCUCCAAACGCCAAGCCGACGCCGGUGGACUGUAACCGUGUCGACUGCUGGUGGACCCCGACAUGCGCCGAAUGGGAGGACGUCCCCGGGCAGUGCUGUCCAAUCUGCAAGCAGCAUAUGAAACAUUGCGAUCCUUGAUACUCCAACUUGACCCCUGACCUCCCCGUGAAUUGUGUCCACAGGCCUAUUUCCAAACCGGGGCCCAGUCAAGCAAUUAACCGUAACAAAAAAAAAUGAUAUAAAUGAUAACUAAACACACAAACCCUAAACAUUACACGUGAAUACAAUUUGUGUACGUUUUUUGAUAUACACUUUUAUUUUUCAUUUCCGUAAACAUCCCGUAGGGGACCCGGUUUUGGAAAUGUGAACCAUAGAAUUACCUGACACCAUUUCUUCCUACUUCUGAAAAGUUGGAAAUGAUAAAUAAA